AAUUGCAAUAAUUGUUCUUGGGGAAAUCGAGAGGAUGUUUACGAGCAUUUAGUUUGUGAUGGGUUUGAUAAGGGAUAUAAUAAGUGGAUAUUUCAUGGAGAAUGCGGGUCUUCAAAAUCUGCUGAGAAGGAUGGAUCUGAAAUACAAGAUAACUUGGAUAAAUUGUUGGAAGAGACCUUCAUAAUGUCGAGGCAAUUUGAAACGAGUCAAUUUGAUGACGCAUUGGAUGAGGAUGAAAAUGAAGAAGAGCUUGAUGAAGAAACUAAGAAGUUUUACAAGUUGAUCCAUGAUGCUCAUCAAGAAUUAUAUCCGGGAUGUAAAGAUUUUACAAAGUUAUCAACUAUUGUUUGUUUGAUCCACAUAAAGAACCUUCAUGGUUGGAGCAACGUGUCAUUUAAUAUGUUACUACAACUACUCAAUGAAUUACUUUCCGAAGGCUCGUGUCUACCAUCAACAUAUGAAUAGUGUAAGUACAUCAUCAAGGACUUAGAUUUCAGUUAUGAAAAAAUUGACGCUUGUCCAAAUGACUGUAUCUUAUACUGGAAGAAGUUUAAGGAAUACAUUACUUGUCCAAAAUGUGGUGCUUCUAGGUAUAAAAUGAAAAAGGUCCAAAGUGCUAAAAGAAAAGUUUCUUGUAAGGUAACUUCUCGACCAAUUCCAGCAAAGAUUUUGAGGUAUUUUCCUUUGAAACCGAGGAUCAAGAAACUAUUCAUAUCUUCAAAAACCGCCGAUCUGAUGACAUGGCACAAUAAAGGUCAUAAAAAUGAUGGAAAACUAAGGCAUCCAGCAGACUCACCAGCUUGGAAAACUUUCGAUUCGUUACAUUCAAAUUUUGCAUUGGAGCCUCAAAAUGUGAGGAUGGGUUUAGCAAGUGAUGGUUUUAACCCAUAUAAAACAAUGAGUAGUAGAUACAGUAUUUGGCCGGUGGUCCUGACGAUAUAUAACUUGCCUCCAUGGGAUUGCAUAAAACAACAUUCUAUGAUGUUGUCUUUGCUUAUUCCUGGUCCUUCUUCUCCUAAUAGAAAUAUUGAUAUAUAUUUACAACCUUUAAUCGAUGAGUUAAAAGAGUUAUGGGAGAAUGGCUUUGAGACAUAUGAUGCUUCUAGUGGAAAGUUAUUUCGUGUACAUGCUGCCUUACUUUGGACUCUAAGCGAUUUGCCUAGUUACUCUAUGUUAUCUGGUUGGCGUACAAGUGGAAAAUUGGCAUGUCCUAUUUGUAAUUAUGACACAUGCUCUAGAUUCUUGAAACAUAGUAAAAAAACCUGUUACAUGGGACAUCAAAGAUUUUUAGCAUCAAAGCAUCGGUGGCGAAAGGAUAAGAAGAGUUUCGACAGUACAAAAGAGCUAAGAACAGCACCUGUACCACUAUCAGGGCCUGAUAUAUUAGAAAAAUUAGGCAAUAGGGAGAAUUUGUUUGGGAAGACUAUAAAGAGGAGAAGAAAUGAUGAUGAUCCCUGGACUAAGAAAAGCAUCUUUUUCGAGUUACCAUAUUGGAGUACUAAUUUGCUUCGUCACAACUUGGAUGUAAUGCACAUUGAAAAGAAUAUUUGUGAAAAUAUUGUUGGAACAUUAUUGAAUUUAGAAGGAAAAUCAAAAGAUCAUCUCAAAGCAAGGCUUGACUUGGUAGAUAUAGAGAUAUGGCAUGAACUUCAUCCAAAAAAUAUAGGACUAAAUAAGACAUUUUUGCCACCAGCACGUUUCAAAAUGUCUUCAAAGGAAAAAAGUGACUUUUGUUGUGUUUUGAAAAAUGCAAAGCUUCUUGAAGGGUAUGGCUUCAAUAUUUCUAGGUGUGUUCAACUGGAACAUCACAAACUUCUUGGUCUUAAGAGUCACGACUACCAUAUAUUGAUGCAAGACUUGCUUAUUAAAAUAGCAAUUCGAAGAGCUUUACCAAAAGAAGUUGUGAGAGUUCUACUCAAGUUUAGUUCAUACUUCAAGACUUUAUGCUCUAAAGUUAUCAGAGUUGAUGUGUUUGAACAAUUAGAUGUUGAAAUUGCACAAAUUCUUUGUGAAUUAGAAAGAAUAUUUCCACCAUCAUUUUUUGUGCUAAUGAUCCAUUUGUCUAUGCAUCUAGCAUAUGAAGCAAGACUUGGUGGACCUGUCCAAUACCGUUGGAUGUACCCAAUUGAGAGGUUCCUACUCAAAUUGAAGAAUUAUGUCCGUAAUAAAAGUCGUCCUGAGGGAUCUAUUGUAGAAAGGUAUUUAGUAGACGAAUGUUUGACAUUUUGUUCAAGAUACUUGAAUGACAAUGUCCGAAAAAAAUUCAAUAACCUAACAAAGAAUCUUGAUGGUCCAAUAGGGAAUAUGGUGAUGAUAAGUCUGGAUCCUCUUAUGUGGGAGCAAUCUCAUUGUUAUGUAUUGUUCAAUUAUAAUAUCACCGCUCCAUAUAUCAAGUAAGUAAUCAUAUAUGCCUCUUUAUUUUUUAAUAUUAUCAUACUUAUAUUUGAUACUUUUCACCUUUAUGUAGACAACAUAAGGAGAUUGUUUUUAGUGAUGCUCAUACUAGCCUUGGAGAUAAA